AUGGAACUCGAUAUUUUACCCGACAACAACAUCCCACUCUUCUCUCCAGAGAUAGCAGCGUCCUUCAAGUCUCCCGAAUCAUUCCCAACUCAGCUUCCCACAGACGAAUCACAACUUGUCAUUGAAGGCUUGUCCUUCGCAACGAGGAGAGUAAAAACUCAGAGUCCUGCGCAAGAACUACUUCUAUCUGAAGAAAACGCUCGCCCUCUUCUCCAGCGUCGUGCCACCAGUCAACAGACGCCCUCCUCGAUGUUGCCCAAAGCUGGUACCAAAUCUGCCGCUGCAGCAACCGGAUCAGUCAUCUCAAUUACCACAGAUUCCGCACCAGAGUUCGCCCUUGCUCCAAUGGAGGGCCGACCCAUCAACUUCGGUGUAGUUGUACCUGGCGUUUACCGCAGCAGUUACCCAAAGGCAGACGACUAUGCCUUUUUGAAGGGCUUGAAGUUGAAGACGGUAGUCACCCUGGUUAAGAGAGAUGAAAUCGACCACGAGUUCGAGUCCUUCACCGGUGCCAAUGGCAUCCAGCAAAUCAUCUUCAACAUGAAGGGAACAAAAAAGGAGGCCAUUCCUUCAAGCACAAUGUCUUCCAUCCUCGACGUUGUCCUGGAUCGCCGAAAUUACCCUCUACUGGUUCACUGCAACCACGGCAAGCACCGCACCGGUUGCGUCGUCGCCGCCGUCCGCAAGCUGUCUGGUUGGACCGUCGACAGUGUCGUCGACGAAUACAAGACUUACGCCCAACCGAAGAUUCGGGAAUGCGACGUCGAGUACAUUACCGGAUUUGAGCCUGGCUCCCUGACCAUCAGCUCACUUCGGUCGUUCCAGGGCGAAAGCUCGCGAUUCACUCCGGUUCAAGUCCGGUCAUUCAUGAGGACCGUUUUAUUUACUGCUUGUGUCGCCGCCAUUUGGCUAUUCUCUGGCUCUCGGAUGGCCAUUGCCCGCGACAGCAUUACCAAAUAA